GAUCUGAUCCUGAGCAUCUUCUUUUCUGCAGGGGGACAUAAACUUGCCUGAUUCCAGUGACUCCUGGAUAGGGGAUGUUCGGGGCAGUUCCGCAGUGAGGAACAGUCACCUGAGUCUGGCCGGGUCCACCUGGAAGAGCUUAGCUUACAGCCACAGAACCUCCCUGGGCAGCUGCUGCACUUCUCCGUCCAGCCUCUCCAGCCUGGGGAUCUGCUUCUCCUCCUCCUAUCAGGACUUGGCCAAGCACAUCGUAGACCUCUCUGUUGCUGAUGUAAUGGCUGCUUGCUCCGAUGAUCUGCACAACCUCUUCAGCCACCAGGCAGCAGCUGGCUGGAACUAUCAGGGUGAGGAGCAGGAAGUCCAGCUUUACUACAAGAUGUUUUCUUCUACUCGGCAUGGCUUCCUGGGGGCAAGCCUGGUGUCCCAGCCACUGUCGCACGUAUGGGCAGCUGUGAGUGACCCCACCCUGUGGCCGCUGUACCACAAGCCCAUCCAGACAGCAAGGCUGCAUCAUCGAGUGACCAACAGCAUCAACCUGGUAUACUUGGUGUGCAAUACCACCCUGUGUGCCCUGAAGCAGCCGCGGGAUUUCUGCUGCGUCUGCGUGGAAGCCAAAGAGGUGCCUGUCUUGCUGGUGGGGCAUCUGUCUGUCCUGGCAGCUCAGUCUGUUUAUGACACAUCCAUGCCGAGACCUAGCAGGGAGAUGGUCCGAGGCGAGAUCCUGCCCAGUGCCUGGGUCCUACAGCCCGUCACCAUGGAAGGAAAGGAGAUCACCAGAGUCAUCUACUUGGCCCAGGUGGAACUUGGCGCGCCAGGCUUCCCCCCUCAGCUCCUAAGCUCCUUCAUCAAACAGCAGCCGCUGGUGAUAGCCAGACUGGCUUCCUUCCUUGGUAGUUAGCAUCUUCCCGUCAAGAUGAUGCUGCAGAGAUGCAGGCCCAGGACGCGCCAGUGAUGCGAGGGUGGCUCUCGUCACUGUGCCACGAUGCAAGGAGAGGCCAGGCUGCCGGCUGUGGCUAACCAGGCAGACAGCGCUCAGACCGAGCUGCCGGCAAAGCCCCAUCAGUACUUGGGUCACAGCUGGCGCCUCUGCAGAGUGAGGGGACCUGAGCUCCUGGCCCUGGCUGGCCAGAGUGAAAGAAGCUCAACUCACCGUUUUGGACUUCUCACCUUUCUUUCCUUCCCUGGGACCCUGUGGCAGACAAGCUGCUCGAAGACCAGGAUAAGCGAACUGGGAGAAGGCGGGACUCUGGCACCAAGCUUCCUUGCUCUGCCGGCCCAGCCCUUGGGCAGGGAGGGAAGCAAGCAGCCAUUGGCCAGGACUCCUCGGAAUCUGCCUCCAGCGUUCAGCUCCACUGUGGAAUGGAGUAUUGGAAAAUAGCAAACCCGAAAAAUGGUUUAAAAAAACAGCUGCACAAACCACAACAAUGUUCAGAAUCGUUUCUCCUUAGGUUUUUUACAAAAUGCUUUAUUAUUAAUUUUUGCUUCCCCCACCCCUUCCUUUCCCUCACAGGAGAGGACAGUUGGGUCUUUGCCUCCUUCAGAGUAUUGAGCAAUGCUCAGUCUUGGAGCCAUCACUCCAGAGCUCAGAAUGGGAAGACCAUGGUAGAAGCAGGUUGGACAGAUUUGGGGUCAAGGAGGGGAAUCUAGCUCUUUGAGGAGGGGUGGGGGUGGGCAGCAAGAUGCUGGCUGCUGACAGGGCAAGAGGAAUUUCAAAAAGCUGAAAAGUUGCUUUUCAAAGACUGGAGAGAAGAUACUAGAACUCCUAGAGGAAGUAUGUGAUUUGUUAGGAGGAAACUCAGUUCCGUUCCUCACCUCCCUCAGAGCCUUGGCACCAGCCUUCAGUGGUCUCUUGAGCAUCCGUGCUGCUGGGGUAGGAUCGCUAUUCUAGGAGGGGGUGGGGAAUGGGCUUGGUUUUCUUGUACCUCAGCCUGGCUGAACUUGAGCUUUGAGUAUUCUGUAUGGUUAUGUGGAAGUGGUUGGGGUGGGAGAGAGUCCCAGCUUCCAUUCUGGUGCCUACAAUCUUUGGUGGAAGAGGGUGACCAUAUGGGGUUUGAAAAGAUGUGGUGAAAAGGUCCGUUUCUGUAUGGUACAGCACAGAUUUCUUUAGAAGUGUUUGCAGGAUUUUUUUUCUUUUACCUCAGAUUGUUACUUAUGUAAGAUUGAUUGAAGGCUUUUUAAAUUGC